AUGAAUGGCGGGUCGGAUUUCCAGCAGCUUCAGGACUCGCCUUAUCAUUCCGAUGCCUCCGCGCCAGCGCCCAAAACACCUCGGGUCUUGGCGUGCAACCACUGUCAGCAUCGCAAGGUGAAAUGCAACCGAGUAUUUCCUUGCAACAACUGCAUAAAGGCCAAUGUACCAUGCGUGCCGUCAACGCCUGCUCCAGCUCGCAAGAGAAGAGCACCAAAUGCGCUGCUACAAGAGAGAAUCAAGAACCUCGAGGCGCUGUUGGAGCAGUAUACCUCUCAAGACUCACCCAAGCAUAGUUCUGACACAAAUGGAUUGACUCCCCAUGAUCCGAUGGAAAUAUCUGCCAGGUCUUCACCGGCUCAAUCUAAUGGACAUGGCGCUCAAACUCCAACUGGUCCUGGCAAGUUAGUAGUCCGAAACGGCGGGUACAAAUUCCUCGAUAGCUACAUCUGGGGCAGAAUACACGAGAAUAUCUCAGAAAUGCGUCAUAUUCUUGAUGAGGACACGUCAGAUGAGGAGACCUGCUAUGGAAUCGAUUCACCCGCUCCUCACGAGGACGAUGACCUUCUUUUAGCCAGGACCUCCGCUCUGAAUAUCAAUGAUCAAGCUCCCUUGCCUUUCCAGAUCCUUCGCUUAUGGCAAGUGUUUCUCGAGAGAGUCAAUCCUGUAACCAAAAUGAUACACACCCCAACGACAGAGCAUUUGGUGAUUGGUGCAAUGACAAACCACUCCGAUAUAUCGCACAAGGACCGAGCGCUGUUAUAUGCUAUCUAUCUUGUUUCUGCCGUCACUUUGACGGGAGAGGAAGCCAUGACGAUGUUGGGCUUGCAGAAGGAUGAAGCGUUGCAGAUAUUCACCCAAGGCUUGAAGAUGGCGUUGAACAAGGUCAACUUUCUCAGGAAUUAUGAUAUGGUCGUUCUUCAAGCUCUGGUUCUAUACUUGAUCGCUUUACAAGGCCGCAGCAAUCAUGACGCUGUAUGGGUUCUCAGCGGCGUCGUCAUUCGCAUAGCUCACAAGAUGGGCGUGCACCGCGAUGGCGAGGCACUCGGCCUGACGCCUUUCGACACAGAGAUGCGUCGUCGAGUAUGGUGGCGAAUCAUCAUCCUGGACUGCAUGUACGCCGCAACAUCUGGAAUGAACCCAACGCUGUUGCCGCUGGGUUGCGACACCAAGCUUCCCCAUAAUAUCAACGACUCGGACUUUUCCCCAGAAUCAAAGGUGAUCCAGAAUAAGCAGGGUACCACAGAAAUGGCCUUUGCUCUCCUUCUGUAUGAGAUCGUCCACUUCGUCAAAGAUCACCAGAUGUCCGAUUUCGAACACCUUCUGCUAGGAGGUCAAGACGUCGAGCCUGGAACGCCUGAAUAUGACCUCUAUCAUGAGUCAUUGGAUAAGCUGAAACUUCUAGCUGAUGAAUUUGACAAAAAGAUGAGUGAGGCUGAGGAAAAGUACUGUGAUCCGGCAGGAGGUCCUCUUCAUGUCUUCGCACUGGCGUUCAGACCUCAUAUCUUGCGAGAAGUCAGAACGAUGGCGACACCGAUGGAAAAAACGCCAGAAUGGGGGACUGAAGUAAAGAAUUCUCACGAUAACUUCUUUCGAAUCUGGCUUGCGCACAAUGAGAAUGAACAGGCGCUUCAUGAUCUGAUAGCGAAUGGUCCUUUUGCGUACUCAUCAAAGUCGCAUUUUCACUUCGAUUCACUCAUCUUUCUCGCCGGACAGCUGGUCCAUCGCUCACCAGUUGGAUCUUUUACAGAGCGUACGUGGAGCCUUUUCGAUAGGUUUUACAACCAUCAUGAAGAGCUUUGGAAUCUAUCUCAGCAUAAGAACUUCCAGCUCGCGAGAUUGUUGCUCAAAGCUUGGGAACCACGCCAAAGGGCUCUGGAGCAGCUUGGGACACUUUUUGAGGUUCCUGAAUGUGUGCAGAAACUUCGGAUUGCUGUCUUGCAGGCUGGGCUGUCAUGGAUGAGUCCUAGAGAGAUGCCCUUCCAGCCCACGAACGGUGGUGGCCUAGGAGGUAUGGAUCAGAUGCAGAUGGGCACAAGUGGGAGUGUCUCGUCGGAUAUGUUUCAAAGCCCGACUAUGACUAGCGACUGGUCCAUGGCUGGCAAUCUCCCAGCCAUGGACAGUGUGGAUACGCAAACGCCGCAGACACCAGUUCUUCCAUUCUUCGGCUUCUUCAACAGUACCACAUGGUAG